AUGUCUUUAACUAUGUGGCAGCAGUUAUAUGGUCGAGAUGGCAGGGCUGUUCUGUCAGUGAUGUGUUUUCUGUUUGGUCUAUAUCCCUGUUUGCCAAAAGCCGUGGAGCUUCCAUUGAAACCCAAAGAGAUUUUGGUAUAUGGGGGUAAUGGAUUCAUUGGCAGCAGCACAGUAGAAAAGCUGAUCACAGCUGGGCACAAGGUGACACUGGUCAACAGAGGAAACUGGUACUGGGAUUCUGGCUUCACAGUGAGACCCUUUGUGUCACAGAUCAAGUGUGACCGCAUGCAAGCGGUGAACAAAUGCACUGAGCUGUUCAACUAUGUAUCAGCAACUAACAAGAUUGAUGCGGUCAUUGAUUUCAGUGCUUACCAUCCUCAGUCAGUCAUUGAAACUUUGGAUCUCCUUGAUGGAAAGGUUAAACUGUACAUCUACAUCAGCACAGAUUCUGUUUACGAGGUUUGUUUGAAGAACCACAGUGGUCCUACACUGGAAACUGAUGCAGUCAGACCAGAUUCACAGGAGCAGCGAGAGGAUUUUGAAGCACAGGAGAGCUAUGGCCAUCGGAAGCUAAUGUGUGAAGAGGUUUUGACUUCAUACCAGCUGGAGAAGAACGGCCCUCCUUACGUUUUUCUGAGACUGCCUGAUGUCGUAGGGCCACGGGACAACACUUACCGCUGGUGGAUCUAUCAGAUGUGGAUGAAACUGAGGCCUUAUCUAGAAAAGGAUAUUGUGGUGACGGCUGCUCUGGCCAACAAACCAAUGAGUUUAGUUUACGUCAGUGAUGUUGCAGAUGUCAUUUUCGACCUGGUUGAGAACCCAAACCCAGAAGCAUUAAACCAGGCAUUUAACCUGGCCCUAAAGGAAACCCCAACACUAAUGGAGUUGCUAGAGAACAUCAGAGAUCAGCUGAACCUGACCAACAUCAGGAUCUCAACCAGUAGACAGCCAGACACAAUUCAGCUGUUCCCAUCCGUAUCUCGAGGACCAGUAAACAUCUCUAAAGCUAAGACCAUUCUUCACUGGAACCCAACCAAAUGGGAAACAGUUCUUAAAGAUACUGUCGAGUUUUAUGAAAAAGCAAUUGGUAUUCCCUACUUUGGUAGAGAAAGGAAUGAUAUUAUAAGAACAAUGCAAACAUACUUUACAACAAAACCAUAUAAUGUCAUUCGUGGGCUUAGAGACAUUUAUGGUCUUGCAUACCCUGAGCCUCGGGAUGAACUGUGA